AGAUAAGUUAAUUAUAAAUAAAAUGGGUGCUGUAAUUAGUAAUGAAAAUGUUGGAGAAAUUACCCUUCAAAAUGAAUUACUGCAACGUUUGGCUGGUCGUAUUCCGUUAAAUAGCAACGAUCCGUAUUGGAAUAAAUUGUUUUCUUUUAAUUUUAAUUUGGAUCAACAAAGCAGAAAAAUUCAAUCAAAUUUCUUGGAAAAUAUAAAUCCAAUACUUGAGCAGUUAAUGCACAACACACGGGAGACGGGAAAUAUUGCAACUUUAAUAAAAACAUUUAAUAGACGUUGUGGAGAACUUGAAGCGUCUGCAAAAUGUGAAAACAAAAUUUUUAUUUGGCAAGCAUCUAAUGCUCUUUUAAUUAUUCGUUAUAUUUCUGUAUUUUUGGCUCAACGUCUAUCUCCAACAGAAUUUACGAAUAUUUUUGGAAAUCGUGGCAGUCUUUAUGAAACAAAAAAAUCAGAAAGUAAUGAAAUUGACGAUGAUGAUGAGGAAAAUUUGGAUGAGAAUACUUCUGAUUCAAAAGAAGGAAGUGGUCAUCAUUUCGAAAGUGCUGCUGAACAUUUUCUUGUUAAUUUAUUAAGAAUUCUCACUCGAAUACAAGUAAAUAAAAUUACAAUUCAAUUACACGCUGAAACUCUUCGAGUGCUUCUAGCUUUACUGAGUACGGAGCUCUACGAGGAUGGAGUGCAUGAGCGAUCCGUUUUUCUUCAAAUUUUGAUGCUUAAAGUACGUUCACAGAGUGGAGAUAUUGUUCGAGUCCUUUUAGAAAACUUCCUUCAACAUCAUAUUGAACCUCUUGAUUUAUCAGCAGCUGAACAAAGUGGAAAUGGAGUUACUGAUAAUAAUAGUAGUAGUUUUGUUAUUUCUCUUUGGAGUACUUUACAGAGAACGCUUUCUUUUGGUGGAGGGAUUCAGGAAGAGGAACUCGAUCGAUUCCCUACACAGUCAUUAUCUUCCUUGAGUUUAACACUUUUAUUGGCUCUUAUUUAUUAUCCAGCAUAUGGUGGUCAACAAAAUUCUUACAAACAAAUGCUCUGCAUAUUUCAAAAUGCACAAGAAGUUUCAUCACUUGCCAAUUUGGAGGCUUCCUUCAAGCUCGAUUUCACUCAACUUUACAAUCGUCUGUGCCAAACAGUUUAUUCUGAAAGACCGCCAUUAUUGUUACUUUAUUUGUUAAUUCACAAUAAUGUUGGAUUUCGAAAUUUUGUUCAUUCUCGCGUAAAUUUGGAACAACUUGUUUUGCCGGUAAUCCGAGUACUUUUUGAUGGAAUGUGUACAACUACAGGGUCUACACCCUCUUCCCCAGCCAAUAAACUUCGUGGUCGUUCUCAAUCACUUCAAAAUGGUCGACCUCAAAAAUCAGCAAUAUCUAAAACUUCUACUCUGAAAACAUCAAAAAUUCACACACACCAAAUUUAUUUGGCAUUAAUUGUUUUGUUGAUGUUAAGUGAAGAUGAUUUUUUCAAGAAAGUCAUUCAUGAAAUGACGCUAAAAAAUGUUGAUUGGUACCAAUCCGAUAGAGCCCCGAUUGCAGAAAUUACUCUUGGGGGUCUAAUAAUUUUGGUGUUUACAAAAACUAUACAAAUUAACACUAUUCGAUUACGGGAUCGUUAUUUCCACGUCAAUUCUCUUGCAACACUUGCUAAUCUAUCUUCAUGUUUCAAACAACUUACUCCAUUUGUUUGCCAAAAAUUGAUUGGAUUAUUAGAGACAAUGACUAAAAGGCAUGCGAAAUUAAUUCGUGCAAUGCGUGAAAAUGCAGAACGUGACCCCGUUCGUAAAGUUUCCAAGAAUGAUGAUGAUUUGGAUUUGGAAGAAUUGCAAGAUGGAAAUGAUGAUUUGCAUAGCGAUAUUACAGCACUCGAAGAAGGCAUUCGCACCCUUUUAGAAAUUAUCAACGCCUGUCUUUGCCGUAAUUUACGCAACAAUCCAAAUUUAAUUUAUACUGUUCUCUACAAGAGAGAAUUAUUUGAACAUUAUCAUCAACACCCAAUGUUUCAAGAUCUUGUUUGGAAUAUUUAUGCGGUUAUAAAUCAUUUCACUGCUCGUGUUGAGGCAAUAAUAAGUGCAAAUUCUGGUAAUGGAUCACCCACCUUUGGUGGAGGAAGUGCAGCAUCUGCCAAUGCAAUUGCAAAUAAUGCUUCUGUUUCUGAUAUUUUAGAGGCUAUUAAAAAAACUGCGAUUGAAUGGCCAACUGAUCGUUUGAAAAAAUUUCCUGACUUGCGUUUUAAAUAUAUUGAGGUAAAUUUGGGAAAAUAA